GGUGAAUUUGAACCUACCAUUUACUUGCUUUGCAUGCUAUCUUCAUAAUGAGUCAUGGGAAAGUUGACAUCUGAUGAAUGCCCUUUGAUGUGGGAAAGUAAUGUGUAUGAAAGACAAAUUGUGUUAUGAUAGAUGUGUUAACCCCAGAAGGGCAGCCUGCAAGAAUUUUCCUCUGUGUUCUAUACCUACAUAGUGUUUGUGCACUAAGCCUCAUGUAUGUACCAAGCUCAGGCCCAGCCAAAGUGUGCCAAAUUUUGAAAUUAUUUUGCAUUUAUUUGUGUUUGUAUUUAUUAUUACCUUCAGUUAUGUAGGCAACACAUUGAUUCCUUGAAUCAUUGGUUUGAAGUGCUCUGAAAUCUGUGGUGAUGGAGUCAAACCCAGGUCUUGGAUUUAUGGCAAAACAUGUAUUUUUUGCAGUGUUGGGAGAUGGGACUUUGAAGAUCAACUUGAAUACAUACUGCUGAUAGGUUAAUGUAUCACUCAGAGUUGCUGUUUCCUGAGCAGCUUCAGUCAGUGAGAAAGUUUACCCACAAAGCUAAUGGAUACCUGGGUCAAACUGAAUGGCAGUACAGUUGGAAAGGAUAAGCUCCUGAGAGUUCUGCAGUAUACUCUGAAAGUUGUGAAUCACUACAUCCAGCGGCAAGAUGGGGGCACUGGUCCUAUUAACAAAUGGAAAGAGCUGGAAAACAACAUCAGCUCAUUCAGGAAAUUGCUUCGGCUGGGCAAGAGCGCCGAGGUGCUACGCGGCACGGCGCGCACGCUGCGCCUCUUGGACCCUGUGUACCGGCUGACGCUGACGCUCGGCCGCAUCGCACAGUCACUCUUCCUGCUGGCCGACCACCUGCUCUGGCUUAGCCGUGCCCGGCUCGUGCGCAUUAACGUGCGCAAGUGGGAGCAGGUCUACUACCGCUGCUGGCUGUACAGUGUGACGAUGGCUCUGUGUCGGGACGCGUACGACCUGUGGCGGGCGGCCGAGGGGUACGCCGAGCACGGGCUGCCGUUCGAGCGGCGCCGCCUGCUGCCGCCGGUCGGCGGCCGGCCGCUGCUGCUGCUGCUCGACCGGCACCGCGACCUGGCCGUCGACACGCUCAAGAACGCGUGCGAGAUGGUGCUGCCGCUGGCCGCGCUCGGGUACCUGCCGCUCUCGCCGGCCGCCGUCGGCCUCUGCGGCGUCGCCUCCAGCGGCCUGGCCCUCUGGACCGUGCUCGACCCUCGCCUCGUGCUGCGGCCCAGCUGAGUGAGCGGCGCAGUGCCUGAGGGCGGUCUCCGCCAGCUCCUGCCCUGCUGCGCUGCAUGUGGACGAGUUUACAUGGGUUCUAUAGAGGUGGCGAGUGAUUGGAACCUACUCCUCACGUGUUUAUUCGAUGGUAUGUAGCGUGGGUUUUAUAGAAAGGGUUUGCGCUUCAGGAUCACAUUGAUAUCAAGUGUCACGUGGGCAUCAUAAGCUUGAAGCUACUGCAGCGUGAGUUGGGAAGAAUGGUGGUUUAUGAAGUGUGCGGUUCUCCGGGGUGUCCGGAACCGCAUGCGAAAAUCUGUGCAUCACGUUGCUGGGAAUUAAUGGCAUACAUUACGUGGCAUACCGCGCAUAUUAUUUUGCUCUGUAUUUUGGUUACAGGUGUAUUUGACCUUGAAUCAGUGCUAUCGUGAAUGGCAAGGGCACAGCGGUCUUUUGUGAACGUAUUGCGAAUAAUCCAUGUGAGCCGUGAGGACUGGUGAGAGUGGACAUUAAGGCGGCAUGAAACACUCAGUUAAAAAUUAAAACAUAUUGUACUGUCUCAGCUCGUGCACUCCUGUGUUAGUACAAUAAUUGUGACCAGCUCGCUCAAUAAAUGUUAAGUUAAUGAUAAUUA